UGGUUGCUAAUUUCGAGUCUUUGCUCUUGUUUUGGCAAAGACUAUGGAUCAGUCCUCUUCCGGUCGACACCAAAUUCACAGGAGUCUGAUUCAUAUCGUGGCCUUUUGAGACGUAGCGAUUUACGCUGCAGGUCAGUUGCUUUAGGUGAUUGGGAUGGCUCCUCAGGACAUUACGAAGAGACUGGAGAAGGCUCAGCAGAGAGCGUCCCACUCAGAUCAACUUCCAGCCACAAGAAGUCUGGCACAAAUGUAUUUUCUCAAAUGAAGAAAAGGUUCAGUGUCUUCAUGAAACCUCAUGAGAAGUCUUCAGAAACUGAUGCUCCAAAACGUUCAGUUAGUGACUCAAAGCGUGUUGAAAAGAAGAAUACCCGUAAAGACCCUCUGCUGCAGCUGGUGUCCCUGCAGAAAGCUACUGGCUGCUGGAUGCUUGAUGAAGAUCUGGCUGCUGUGCUGGGAAAGACCAAAGAGGAGGUGGAAAAGGCAAAGCCUGGAGAGGUGAAACAGGAAGUAUGGACAACGAUUCUGGCUCUGAUCUGGCUUCAUAGCUUCAAGACUGAUAAAAAAGCAGAGUGGGAGCUUCUGUCUAUGAAGGCUGCAUCAUGGCUCAAUGAUCAGAACGCUUCACGUGUGCCAGAGUGUGUUGCAGCUGGAAAUACACUGCUGGACAGCAGUGUGCGAAAAGAGGAUCUGGGAAUCUAAGAGUUUCCAUGUUUCCCGGUUUUCAAUAUCAGAACGAGGAACAUUUCUUUUCUACCUGAUCUUGUUUUUACUGAUAUGAAUGAAUCAGAUUUUGAGUGAAUGCUUCCUUAAACAUGGUAUUUUAAGAUGAUAUUUUACACGAAAAUGUUCCAUUUAAAAUAAAUUUGGAAAACUAAGUCCCAGCUUUCCUUGACUUUUCUGCUGUAUAUUAGUAAAACAGUUAUUUUUUCAAACUAUGUUCAGGUAACAUUUUCUAAACAAAUUGUCAGUUACUAUUUGUUGUUUUUUCUCUAUGUAACCUUCGACCCAACAUGAAUAAGUACCCAGCUCUGCUUAGUGGUAUUUAUAUGUAUAUUUGUAUGUGUGGUUCUGGUCACGAUAAUAGCAGUCAAACAUAACUAAUCAGAUCCAACACACCUUUGACAAAAAUUCUAUUUCUAUAAGACAAAUAAUUAACUUCUAGUACACUAUUAGAAGCUUAAUAGUGUACUAGAAACCCAACACACCCAUAAGUCAUUCCAGGUAUCCUGCUGAGUCAAUGAGGUUACUGAUACUGUGAACAAGCAUGAGAUAAAUAUAUUUAAAGGUGGAGGCUGCAAAUUAUCUCCUUGCUGAUUGUACUACUGCAUCUAAAAACACGGAAUAUUUCUUUACAGAUGUAUCAGAAGUGAAGUAUUUUAAGUUUUAAUUUGUUGCAUUUUUAUGAUUAUGGUUUAGAGUUAAAGAAAUCCCCAAAUUAAUGUCUCAGAAAAUUAGAAUAUCACAUUAGACCUUUAGACUAAUCCAAAACAAAUGUCUUAAGCACAAAUAUCAGGUUUCUCAAUACCAUUUCAGUGACUCAGUACUGCAGGGCCUCCUCUUGCAUGAAUUACUUCUUUAGUGCUCCUUGGCAUAGAGGUGUUUAAUCAGCUGACAUGUCACAACACAAAUGAGCAGAACUUCUCAGAAAUAUGGUUAUGCAAUUAACCAUUUGCGCAGUGAUUCCCAUGAAAGCUUGACUCAACCAGUUUUCAUAUUAUACAGAGUCUGUACAAAAAAUAAACUCAUCUUUGAACACUCAAAAUAGCUAGCGUUUCUUUUUUCCUCAAUUUCGGCAUUGAGAUUACUAUACAAAACAUAUAUUUUCCUAACGCUUUGAUUUAUAAUGGAAUGUCCAGUAUUUCCACUGAAAUUACUUGAAUUAAAGUAAAACUUUUUAUUUCUUA